AUGUCAGGUCAAAUAUUAGAGGCGGUCUCUAUUUAUCUGACUCCAAACAUUCCUAUUGAACCGAUUUCUCAGGGUGCAGAGGCUGUUGUUUUCACCACUUCAGUUCAUCCAUAUGAACCGAAGCAGGAGAGCUCAGAAACGUCGAACAAAUACAUCUUAAAGUACAGGCCUCCAAAAAAGUACAGACAUCCUUCAAUUGAUAAAGCUCUAACUAAACACCGGACGCUGAGCGAGUCCAGGAUCUUGGCCAAACUUUCACAACUUCCCGGUCUUAAUGUACCCAAGCUCAUCGCAUGUGACGUGUAUAAUGGAUGCAUAUGGAUUGAGUUUUUAGGCGAAGAGCUGCCAAACGGAAACGGUUUCAGCAGCCUUAAAAACUUCCUGUGGAUGAGCGCCUCAGAUCCACACAAUAAAUGCGUCGAGACUGUGUUGGAAAAAGUGGGCCGUCAGAUUGGACUUUUGCAUUGGAACGAAUAUUGUCAUGGAGAUCUAACAACAUCUAACGUUGUUCUACAGCAGAGUGAUGGAGUCUGGGAACCUUACUUGAUUGAUUUUGGGCUAGGAUCGGCAACAACAUUUGUGGAGGACAAGGGCGUUGAUUUGUAUGUAUUGGAGAGAGCUGUGGACAGCACACAUUCGCGCUACGCCGUCACUUACAAUGAGUGGUUAAUGCGAGGAUAUAAGGCAGUUUAUCACGAACAAAGUAAAAAGGGCGAGAAUCGGUUACGUGAGGUUUUGAAAAGGUUCGAGGAAGUCAGAUUGAGGGGCAGAAAGAGGAGCAUGAUAGGAUAA